AUGGAACCACCAGAUUAUAAUUAUUUAUUUAAAAUAUUUAUUUUAGGUGAUACAAAUAGUGGAAAAACCUGUUACCUUGAUAGAUUGACAGAAGAUAACUUUACCCACUCAAAAUCGCCCACAUACCAUGAUUUUAGAAUUAAUAAAAUUAUAUUUAAUGAUAAUUGUAGUAUAAAACUUCAAUUGUGGGAUGGUAAUGCUAAUUUAAGAUUUAGAACUAUUUAUUCCCCUCCAUAUAGAGGGACACAUGGAAUUAUUUUGACAUAUGAUAUAUGUGAUAGAAAUUCAUUUUUAAAUUGUAAAAAUUGGUAUAUUGAAGCAAAAAGAUAUAUAAAUGAUGGAAUCCCAAUGAUCAUUAUUGGAACAAAGUUAGAUAAAGUUGAUUUUGAUGAAAAGAAAAGACAAGUGACCUAUGAUCAAGGAAAAACAUUUGCACAAGAAUUAGGGUUAAAUUUUUAUGAAAUUUCUUCAAAAUAUAAUAUUGGUAUUCGUCAAACCAUAAUGGAUUUAAUUGGAUUAAUAAUAGAAGACCGGGUAUCAAACAAAAAUAAUAUUCAAGCAAAUGAUAAUAAUAAUAAUAAUAAUAAUAAACCAAAAAACUGCACGAUUCAAUAA